UGGUGUUGUAGUUGAGGAGAGAGGACUACGAAUCCCAAGUAUCCGAGCGGCUGCCGGUUAGUUCCGGACAACGCCUGGUGUGUGGUAACACGGCGGACGCUUCCUCCUUGUUGGGUUUCCGGCGAGGUGGAGGAGCCCCCUCGGAGCUCGGUGAGCUUUGCGGGGCGGAGAGGUAUCGAGGUAAGGCGGUGAGGACAUUUCUCAAGUUCAUCAAUCAUUUUUGCACAACGAGGAGAAAGAAGAAACGUUUCAGUGAAUGAGGAGUCUUCUGCUUCUAUAGCAUUUUUCUUGAGAAGUGGGUCUUUGAAUGAGGAUGACAAUGGAAGAGAUGAAGAAUGAAGCAGAGACCACUUCAAUGGUUUCCAUGCCACUCUAUGCUGUUAUGUACCCUGUCUUUAAUGAGCUAGAAAGAGUAAAUCUAUCUGCAGCUCAGACACUGAGAGCAGCUUUUAUUAAGGCUGAAAAAGAAAAUCCAGGCCUCACACAGGACAUUAUUAUGAAAAUUCUGGAGAAAAAAAGUGUGGAUGUGAAUUUUACAGAGUCCCUCCUACGUAUGGCAGCAGAUGAUGUAGAAGAAUAUAUGAUUGAAAGACCAGAGCCAGAAUUCCAAGAUCUGAAUGAAAAGGCGCGAGCACUUAAACAGAUUCUUAGUAAGAUUCCAGAUGAGAUCAAUGACAGAGUGAGGUUUCUUCAAACAAUCAAGGACAUCGCCAGUGCAAUAAAGGAACUUCUUGACACAGUAAAUAAUGUCUUCAAGAAAUACCAAUACCAGAACCGGAGGGCACUUGAGCACCAAAAGAAAGAGUUUGUAAAAUACUCCAAAAGUUUCAGCGAUACUCUGAAAACCUAUUUUAAAGAUGGCAAGGCAAUAAAUGUGUUCAUUAGUGCCAACCGACUAAUUCAUCAAACCAACUUGAUACUCCAGACCUUCAAAACUGUGGCCUGAAAACUGUAUAUGUUGAGAGUUGUACUUUUCAAUGGUGGAUAGGGUACCUUUAUAUGUAAAUUUUAAAGUUUUGACUGUAUAAAUUAUCAGCCUCUCUUGAGGGGCCUAAUGCAGGAUUUUGAAUGGGAUUAUUGCCAUCUUACACCAUAUUUUUGUAAAACAUUGUAGCUUAAUCAUAAUCUCACGAUGAAGAUUUUGCAUCACUUUUUGCUAUUAUCAUUCUUUUCAGAAUUAUAAGCCAAAAGAAUUUACGCCUUAAUGUGUCAUUAUGUAACAUUCCUUAUAAGAAUUGUAAAUAUUUGGUGUUCUGUUUCUGACAUUUUAACUUGAAAGCGGAGAACUGCGAGAUGAUGUAUUUAACAAUAUUGGUGGCAAAUAUUCAAUAAAUAGUUUACAUCUAUUAGACUGUCUUUUUGUAUGUGAGCAGAAAAGCAUAACUCAUCUUCUUAGAACUGCGGAGCAUUCAUUAAAUGGAAAAAUUGAAGCCAGUUGGCAGUCCAAAUUGGUACGAAAUGAGGGGUUUUCCUUAAAAGGGAGGUUUUUGGCUGUGAUUGGGUACUGGAUCAGAAUACCAGAAUAAUUCUAUUAAAAUGUCUUUGACAAAGUAAUAAAGAACCUCAGAAGUGA